AUGGCGAGCGAGAGCAUUGCCAUCGGCACUGACAGUGACACGAGGAUGGAAACUACUGAUGAGAGAGCAGAGAAGUCACAGCAACCUGAAGAAUUUCGUUCAGUAAAACCCAAAUCCAGUCGAAAGAGAAAGUUGACAGAGGAAAAAAUGGUCACAGAAACACAAGAAAAGACAGAGAAAAGGCCGCACUUUCCUCCAUUGAAAGGAGCACGAUUACUCGAUGGCAACACUGAUAUGAGGAAGAUUCCUGUUCCUGCCAAUAGAUAUACACCACUAAAAGAGAAUUGGAUGAAGAUAUUUACACCUAUUGUGGAGCACCUCAAAUUACAGAUCAGAUUUAAUCUCAAAACAAGACAUGUAGAACUGAGAUCUUCAGAGCAAACUCAAGAAAUAAGUUCCCUUCAGAAAGGACAUGACUUUGUGAGAGCCUUUCUCUGUGGCUUUGAAGUAGAGGAUGCUUUGGCAUUGCUGAGACUUGAUGAUUUAUUCUUAGAAUCUUUUGAAGUGACCGAUGUAAAGCCACUGAAAGGAGAUCAUUUAUCUAGAGCUAUUGGAAGGAUAGCAGGGAAGGGUGGAAAGACAAAGUUCACCAUUGAGAAUGUUACAAAGACUAGAAUUGUUCUAGCUGACACAAAAAUACACAUCUUAGGCUCCUUCCAGAAUAUAAAGAUUGCAAGGACAGCUAUAUGUAAUCUUAUUCUUGGUAGCCCACCUUCUAAAGUAUAUGGAAAUAUGCGUGCUGUGGCGAGUAGAUCAGCAGAAAGAUUUUGAUGCAUUAUCAUUAAAGAGACAUAUAAACUGGAAUUUUAAGUCAUUAUAUAGAUGACAUUUAUUUUGACAAAAUGCAUGGAUGAAGCUAUAUUGGUUCACCUCUGAGUUAUGGACCAGAAGGUUGUUUGUAAGCAGUCUUGUCUCCAGUGAUGCAGUUUGUUUGCUGGCUGUCUAUUGCAAGUCACUGGUAGAUAACAACAGAUCCAACAACCUUAUUCUUCAACCAGUCAAGUUCAUCGCUUAUCAAACAAUCCAAGCUGUUAGCGGAAUUCUGUUUCUUUCUACUGGUAAAUAAACAAUUUUUGAUGUGCCACAACCUUUCUACUCCUGAGUUUCAAGUGAUUUGGAAUGGUAUUACAUAAUUAAAUAUCAUAUUUAGACUUACCUUAUUUAAGUAUCCAUAUAUCCCAAUUUUCUUGCACAAGUUUCUUUUUCAUUUCCCUCCAAGGCGUGCAUGUAUUUCUUGUCUGAUAUUGAUAACAAUGAAAAAGGGUUUACUGGCUUUUCAAGCCAUGAAAUCACUCUGUUUUUGUUAUAAACAUGUACAUAUAUAGGAUGAAAUCACAUUUCAAUAUUUUUUUUUCAAGUUUGGGUGUUGGAUUUAAACAUAUUCUAUGAUUCUUGCCCAAGUCAUCCAAAUUGUCUUGAAGGGAAAAAGUGUGAGUUUGUAUUCAUUCUUUCAAUGUGAAUAUCUUGCUGUACAACAGAUUUUGGUAGGUCCAAAUUUGUGAAUUGAUAGUACCAAUUAUAUAAUUGAUCAUCGUAACCCAGCAAGAAAAUCAGAUGUACAAUCAAGCACAAAACAAUGUGAAUGGGGGAAGUGAGAUACAUGUAAAUUGAAAUUUACAGUUUUUUUUUUCUUUUUAGAAAAUGUAUAAGUCAUAUAAUCAUAUAUAAAUGUAUGAUGUAUAGUUUGAUCAUGCCAUUCAAAUAGUAUUUUAGCAUCACAGGGUUUCUUAUUUUGAAAAAAUUAAGUCAAUAUUUGAAAACAAGUCUUUUCAUUGGCAGUUCAUGUAACAGGCAUUUCAGUUUCCAUGGUAGAUUUUAUUUCUUCAAAUAUUUGUCGGUCCAGAAUAUUGUAAACAUUCAUUAUGAUUAUAAUGGUAAAAAUGCCAAUUUGCAAUGUCUAUGGAAUGCAUUUUUCAAUAGCGAAAAUACAUUCAUUAUUAUUUUUAAAAAAUCCCUGUAAAAAUGUACUGGUGUAUAGUGCAAGUGCAUUUGGAUGUUAUGAAAUUGUUGCUCUCCUGCUCCUUUGCCCACCCUCCCAGGUGGUGAAAAGGAUUUUCAUUGGUUUAAUUAGUGGAGAGUGCUAUUAAACAGCAUUUCUUAUUAGACAUAGGCGUGUCUUACAGAGAAAAAAUAAAGAAAAGUGGUUCUUAGAAUACCAAUUCAGAGAGAUUUUAAAGGUAUUUUAGCUCACUUAUUUUAACGUAGAAUUUUUUUUUAUUGUGCGAGAUAAACUGAAUCUUAGAAUAUCAAUCCUGUUCACUGGCCUUAGAGCCAUAUCCUGGUUGGGCCAUUAUGACAUAUUUUGUGUUGAGUAAUAUUAGGAAGAUAAUCAUUCAAUAAACUGCAUUCAUUAUAUGUACAAUGAAAUAUAUCUUUAGUUUAAAAAAUGCAAAUUGUAAUACCAUGGUGCACACUUGUUAUAUGUGUUGCAUCUGUGUUGGACUAGUGUAUUGGCUCAGGUGGUAUAGCGUCCGUUU